AUGCACGAGGAAUGGAGAAAAUAUGAUUUUCUUUUUGCCUCUUCCCUUUCCAAGCCAUUGAUGAAAACCCUGAGUAAUUCCAGCUGGAGGCCGGUCCAGCCAUCCUUCUUCCUGAUCGGCAUCCCAGGUUUAGAGGAAAGCCAGCACUGGAUAGCACUGCCGCUGUGUGUCCUUUACCUCCUUGCCCUGCUGGGCAAUGUCACCAUCCUCUUCACCAUCUGGACUGACCCAUCCUUGCAGCAGCCUAUGUACCUCUUUCUGGCCAUGCUCUCUGGCAUUGACCUGGUCCUGGCCUCCUCCACUGCACCCAAAACCCUUGCAGUGCUCCUGGUUCACGCCCAUGAGAUCGGGUACACCGCCUGUCUGGUCCAGAUGUUCUUCAUCCACGCCUUCUCUUCCAUGGAGUCGGGGGUACUUGUGGCCAUGGCUCUGGAUCGCUAUGUAGCCAUCUGUCACCCUCUGCACCAUUCUACCAUCCUGCAUCCCAGGGUCAUAGGGCGCAUCGGGAUGGCGGUGCUGGUGCGGGGGAUGCUCCUCCUCCUCCCCUUCCCCAUCUUGUUGAGGAGACUUGUCUUCUGCCAGGCCACCGUCAUAGGCCAUGCCUACUGUGAGCACAUGGCCGUGGUAAAACUCGCCUGCUCAGAGAGCACAGUGAACCGAGCCUAUGGGCUGGCAGUGGCGCUGCUUGUGGUUGGUCUAGAUGUCCUGGCCAUUGGGGUUUCCUAUGCCCUCAUCCUGUGGGCAGUGCUGAAGGUACCAGGGGGUGAGGCCCGACUUAAGGCCUUUAGCACAUGUGGAUCUCACAUUUGUGUCAUCCUGGUCUUCUAUGUGCCUGGAAUAUUCUCCUUCCUCACUCACCGCUUUGGCCAGCAGGUGCCCCAUCACGUCCAUGUUCUUCUGGCCACACUCUACCUCCUGGUGCCACCUGCACUCAAUCCUCUGGUCUAUGGGGUGAAGACUCAGCAGAUUCGCCAGCGAGUACUCAGGGUGUUUGACAUAAAAGGACAGAGCUGA